ACUAAUCAUAACAUUUACCAUCAUUGGCGCCAUUUACAGCAGCUAGUCAAUGUAAAGAAUAUACAGUAGGAACCAUGGCUAAAGUUAACAUAUUAGAUGUUGUUGUUCUAGAUAACCCGUCGCCUUUUCUUAAUCCAUUUCAGUUUGAAAUUACCUUUGAAUGUUUGGAGGACUUAACAGAAGAUUUAGAAUGGAAAAUAAUUUAUGUUGGUGCCGCAGAAAGUGAAGAGUAUGAUCAAACACUUGAUUCUGUUCUUGUUGGUCCAAUACCAGGAGGGAGACACAUGUUCGUCUUCCAGGCAGGACCUCCCAACACAGAUAAGAUCCCUGUUGCUGAUGCUGUUGGUGUUACAGUUGUGUUAUUGACUUGUUCUUAUAGAAAUCGGGAAUUCAUCCGAGUAGGUUAUUAUGUUAACAAUGAAUAUAAAGAUCAGGAAUUGAGAGAGGAGCCACCAUCUGUCCCACAAUAUGACAAGCUGGAGAGGAGUUUAUUAGCAACCAAUCCACGAGUGACUCGGUUUAAAAUUGACUGGGAUGACAAUGGCGAAACGCCUGCUGACGAAAAUGUACCACCUGCAACAAACACUGAAUCAGAAUCUAACCAGAUGUGUGUAGAAAGUAAAGACGGCAUAAUGAACAAACCUGUGGCAGCAGUUAUGAAUAACAAUAGCUCAAGUCUAGGGACAAGUGACAAUAUAAAAAUGGAAAUGUGAUCAACAUUCCUUCAUCUCAUUUAUUGUUGUGUCAAAUGCCUACAUCUAAUACCAAAACCUUUGUGGACACCACCAAACCAUCACCUUAUAAACAUUUAAAAGCAGUUCAUGAUCAGCUACUAAUUGAACGCAGUCUUUUUGGUGGUUUAAGUGAGGUUUAGUUCUCAUUUAAGUUUUGGUUUCAAUGAAGGCAAUUUCCUGUUUUGUACCAGUGAGUAUUUGCAGCCAUGUGCCAUUUAUGGACAAAUUCUGAGUUAAACAACCAAACUAGUAAAGUUAACUUGUUCAUCAAAGAAGAAAAAAAUUGCAUGGAAAAGGGACAAGUAUGCAAGAUAACAUUUAAAAUAUAAUCUGUUGAUCAUUGCAUCUUAAUAUAACUGCACUGCAGAUUGGCAUUUCCCCAGAAAACUUUUCUAUUAUUAAUAUAUUUUGAAAAGCCUCGAUUCCUAGUCCUAAACCAUAAUGAAAUGCCCCAGUUCAUAGCUAGUUAUAAUUAUGUCAAAAGAAUUGACAUCUUUUGUGAAUCUAUUUGCACUGUUUAUUACAUAGUAAUAUAGGUAAAAUGCAUAUGCAACACAAAAACCACCAGCUGUUUACAGAAAAUAUAGUAUUGCAGCUCUAUGUUAUUGAAUGAGAUAAUAACUUGCUGUGUCAAUUUAUAUUUAUAAAAAGUAUUAAUGCAGACUCAGUGUUAGUGUUUGUUCAUUGGUACUGUAAUAUACAUCUAUGUAUGUAUGUGUAAAUUAUACUGUAGUCAAAUAAAUCAAGACUCGGUGAGUGAUGUUCAAUAUUCAGUGCUAUUUAGUGAAACAGAAAUAAUCCCAGUUGCAUAUAUAGCUGCUGCUGUCGGUGCUAACACCUAACACUAAUAUGCAGUACUUAUGGAAGAUGACUGCUAUGGAUGAUGGUUUACAUACAGGUAUAAAACAUUUUGUUUGCUAAAACAUUGAAUUUAAGAUUGGAGGUUGAUAUAUAUCUGGCACUUGGAAUGACUUCUGCUGAAUAUAUUUCCCAUUCCAACUCUCAAUAUCAUUGCAGCAACAAACAGCAAUAUACCAAAAUGGAAAAUGUUUAAAUCAUAUCUCGAUUUGCACUCUUUAUUUUGUAAACUACUCUCUCCUACAUAGGCAAAGUGUUGUUUCAAAACAGGAGUCCAGAUUAAGAGAAGAUUUUAAUCGGAUUCAAAUAUAGUUUUCCUAUUGUAUUUGCAAUUGUUUUCAUUUCAUACUUAUUUUUGUAUCUUAAUUCUUGUCUUAUUCACAACAUAAAGACAAUAAGAAAUUUUGUUUGAUUAAUAUCUUAUGGUAUACAAAUCUGAUUUGUGUGUGAAAUGCAUGUCUGUUACCAAGAUAUAAAAAAAGGUAAACAGCUACUCCAAUUGAUUUAGGAUUUAAACUUGAUGCAUAGCUGAAGCUUUGUUUCUUUUAAAUGAUUUUUCAAACAUGCACAUUAGGAUAGUAAUAUAUAAUUAAUUUACAAGAAAAGGUCAUAUUAUAAAUAUUAAAAAGGUAUGAAAAUGUUGGACUGAUGGCAAUAUUUUUAAUUGGAUGUUCCAUUGGAUUUAUAAAUGUAACGUUGUGUACGUGAGUAUCGGUGUAAAUGUAAUUAUGUGUUUGUUCAAAAAUUCUCCAAGGCAAUUUCAUCAAAUCACAUCUUCAAAAAGAUGUACUAACUUCAUCUGUGUUAUAUACACGUGCAUACUUGUAUACUUUUAUAUGAACUAAAUUGUACGUUUAAAAUUUUUUAUUUUUGGCAGUGGAAAAAUACAUUUUUGUAGAAAUUCUGAUUGUGUGUUGAGUCUAAUUGAUAUAUCCUGAAAUGAUUUUAGGCAUCAGUCUGGAUAGUUGUGCACAAAAUUUGUUACUGUCAAGUAUGGAAAUGUAUUACUUAUUGAUAAUACCAUUUAAAUUACUAUUAUUUAUACAUGUUUAAUGUACAUUGUACAGGUAAAGUGUUCACAUAGGUGAAACUAACAAAUUGAUGCUUAAAAAAUACAAAAUUGUAUUUGAUCAAUAUCAAUAAACUGAUAUAAAAAGCAA